GACGGGAGCCGGGUUUGAGCCCGGUGGGAGCGACGUGAGCCGGUCUGCGGCCACCAUGUCGGCGCCUUCCGAGGAGGAGGAGUACGCGCGGCUGGUGAUGGAGGCGCAGCCCGAGUGGCUGCGCGCCGAGGUGAAGCGGCUGUCGCACGAGUUGGCCGAGACCACGCGCGAGAAGAUCCAGGCGGCCGAGUACGGGCUGGCGGUGCUGGAGGAGAAACACCAACUCAAGCUGCAGUUCGAGGAGCUCGAGGUGGACUACGAGGCCAUCCGCGGAGAGAUGGAGCAGCUCAAGGAGGCCUACGGACAGGUGCACACCAACCACAGGAAGGUGGCCGCAGACGGCGAGAGCCGGGAGGAGAGUCUGAUCCAGGAGUCGGCCUCCAAGGAGCAGUACUACGUGCGCAAGGUGCUGGAGCUGCAGACGGAGCUGAAGCAGCUGCGCAACGUGCUGACCAACGCGCAGUCGGAGAGCGAGCGCCUGGCCUCGGUGGCGCAGGAGCUGAAGGAGAUCAACCAGAACGUGGAGCUCCAGCGGGGCCGUCUCCGGGAUGACAUCAAGGAGUACAAGUUUCGGGAGGCCCGCCUGCUGCAGGACUACUCGGAGCUGGAGGAGGAGAACAUCAGCCUGCAGAAGCAGGUGUCGGUGCUCAGGCAGAACCAGGUGGAAUUUGAGGGCCUCAAGCAUGAGAUCAAGCGUCUGGAGGAGGAGACCGAGUACCUCAACAGCCAGCUGGAGGAUGCCAUCCGGCUCAAGGAGAUCUCGGAGCGGCAGCUGGAGGAGGCGCUGGAGACGCUGAAGACCGAGCGGGAGCAGAAGAACAGCCUCCGCAAGGAGCUGUCGCACUACAUGAGCAUCAACGACUCCCUCUACACCAGCCAUCUGCAUGUCUCCCUGGAUGGCCUCAAGCUCAGUGACGACGCUGAGGCCCUGGCCAACGGCUUUGAGCACGGCUGCCUGGCCAAACUGCCACUGGACAACAAGACCUCCACGCCCACCAAGGACGGGCUGGCCCCACCCUGCCCCAGUCUCGUGUCUGACCUCCUCAGUGAGCUCAACCUCUCCGAGAUCCAGAAGCUGAAGCAGCAGCUGAUACAGAUGGAGCGGGAGAAGGCAGGCCUGCUGGUGACCCUGCAGGAUGCGCAGAAGCAGCUGGAGCAGGCUCGAGGGGCCCUGUCGGAGCAGCGCGAGGAGGUGAGCCGCCUCACGGAGAGCCUGAGCGCUCUGCAGCGCCUCCAGGCUGGCAAGGAGCGGCGCACGGCACUGGACAGUGAGAAGGAGCGGGACAGCCACGAGGAUGGCGACUACUACGAGGUAGACAUCAAUGGGCCCGAGAUCCUGGCCUGCAAGUACCAUGUCGCCCUGGCAGAGGCUGGCGAGCUUCGGGAACAGCUGAAGGCCCUGCACAGUGCACACGAGGCCAGCGAGGCUAGGCACACUGAGGAGAAAGGCCGCCGUGAGGCUGAGAACCAGGCGCUCACUGAGAAGGUGUCCCUGCUGGAGAAGGCCAGCUGCCAGGACCGUGAGCUACUGGCCCGGCUGCAGACGGAGCUGAAGAAGGUCAGUGACGUGGCGGGGGAGACUCAGGGAAGCCUGAGCGUGGCCCAGGAUGAGCUGGUGACCUUCAGCGAGGAGCUGGCCAGCCUCUACCACCACGUGUGCAUGUGCAACAACGAGACGCCCACCCGCGUCGUGCUGGACUACUACCGCGAGGGCCCGGCCGGCGCUGGCCACUGUGGCCCCGAAGUCCACGGACACCGCUCACCAGUCCUGCCCAAGGGACCACUGGCCGCAGACGGCGGGGCUGGGGACAGCAGCCUCUCACCACCCUCACCCCUGAGUGACCCCCGCCGGGAGCCCAUGAACAUCUACAACCUGAUAGCCAUCAUCCGCGACCAGAUCAGGCACCUGCAGGCAGCUGUGGACCGCACCACAGAGCUGUCGCGGCAGCGCCUGGCCUCACAGGAGCUGGGCCCCGCCACAGACAAGGACCGGGAGGCACUCAUGGAGGAGAUCCUCAAGCUCAAGUCCCUGCUCAGCACCAAGCGGGAGCAGAUCACCACGCUGCGCACCGUGCUCAAGGCCAACAAGCAGACAGCCGAGGUGGCCCUCGCCAACCUGAAGAGCAAGUACGAGAACGAGAAAGCCAUGGUGACCGAGACCAUGAUGAAGCUGCGCAACGAGCUCAAGGCCCUCAAGGAGGACGCGGCCACCUUCUCCUCUCUGCGCGCCAUGUUUGCCACCAGGUGUGACGAGUACAUCACACAGUUGGAUGAGAUGCAGCGGCAGCUGGCAGCCGCCGAGGAUGAGAAGAAGACGCUCAACUCACUGCUGCGCAUGGCCAUCCAGCAGAAGCUGGCCCUCACCCAGCGGUUGGAGCUGCUUGAACUGGACCAUGAGCAGACCCGGCGGGGCCGCGCCAAGACCACCCCCAAAGUCAAGCCCAGCACCCCGAGCGUAAGUCACACCUGUGCCUGUGCCAGUGACAGGACUGAGGGCACCGGGCUUGCAGCCCAGGUGCUCUGCGGGGAGAAGUAUAACGUGUGCUGCGAUUAGGGCCUCGGCCACACGUCGCAGCUAACCUGUCGCCGCCGCCUGUCUGCUUCACCUCAACUAACCCAGCACAGCGGGACCGCAGCGCUAGGCUGGUCCUAACCAUGACUAACGCACGGGGAGGACUAGUGAGAUGGUGUGCUGCUCCUCCGGGACUGCGGCUCGGCGUCUGCUUCUCACCCUGGGGCCACCCUUCCGGGCAGCUGCUCUCUUGGCGGGGUAGGAGUGGGGUCACGUUGGCGUCAGAGCCGGGAGUCCUUGAAAACGUGGCUUCCCAGGGCCCAAGCGUCCUGGGCUUGCGAUGGAAUCUGCACGUGUCAAUGCACCUGUGCUGCCCCGGGGGCAGUCAGAGGUGCUCGCCGGGCUCCAGCUGCCGCAGCAGAGGACAGGACUACUUCGUGUUUGUGCAACAUCCCACCUUCAAAUCCCAUUUGCGAUAAGGGCAGAAUUUCUCCCCCCAAACCCGGAGAAAGCAGCUCUGAGCCCCGAGUUCCACAGCCCAGGCAUUCAUUUGUGCUGAGCCCGGUCGUGCUCACACAGCAGAGGCACACCUGGCCACAGCCAAGGUCAGAGCUCGAAGCCUCAGCUUCUUUCUGAGAUUUGCACACUGGUCUGGCAGCCUGCCAGGUGACAGAUCGGUAGGCCCAAAGCCUGGGGUUUUUUCAAUGAGAAAAACUUCCCAAGUGCCUGACCAGAUUCCCGUCCUUGGAGAAGCCCAUCCUUUUGUAUCAGGGUGUCCCCAGCUUUCAGAGCAGGUUUCUCCACACUCUGUCUAUAAUUAGGCCCUCUGCCCAGGGAGCUUUAGACCCUAAAACACAGUGCUCUGGAACCCCCAGCACAGCUGGAGCCCAGCCAGUGUGGGAAAGGAGACUGGCGUGGGCCCAGGCCUGCCGGUGUAGGCGCACUGAGGGAGGAGGGGCGGGCAGGAAGGGCAGCCGUAGGGCUCUCGGUUCCCAGAGCUGCUCCCACACCAGACCUCCGACACGUUCGGAAGCAGAACCUUUCUCAGUAUUUUUGUCCCUUUUACCCCACGGGGUCACUGCGUGGGAGGCUACAGUCCUUUCCCUGUGGACUCUGGCCCAGAGGGGAGUUUGUGUUACCCUCACACAGCUCUCUGCCCCAACUGCCCUCUUCCCCUCCGUCCCCUUGUGUCUCUGUCCCACCAAACUCCAGGUGCUGCGCAGAGCACCUGGGGCUUUGCAGAGCAUGGGAGUGGGGAGAUGCGGGCUGGGCACACCUGUCUCUUCUGCCCUGCUUCCGGGCUGCUCUGCUGAGAGGACGUCUGUCUUGGACCCCCUCCCACCCUGGGCAAGUGGGACUUGGGGGUUAGGGCUCCACAGACUGCUCCGCCCUCGCUGGGCCUGCACGCAGCUCCCCUGUGCUGGAAGCUGCCUCCACGGAGCACUUGGGGCGGCGGCUCCCCUAACACGCAAGCCUUCUCUGCUGCUGACUAACGUGCCCGCUCUCCGCUCCGCGACGCCCAGCUGUCCAACGGUGACUGUCUAACGCUGUCUUGUUUUCUCCGUUUCCAGCUGUAGAUUAGCUGCCGGGAGGACUGCCACCGGCCCUGUUGCACUGCAGCCCUUCCCUCCCCUCCCGGGGCCCACGCAGAGGAAGGAAGGGCAGCCUAGCAGUCCUCUUAGAAACGUUUUUGGAUAUGCCACUGCAAUUCUUUUCAAAAUAGCAUGCCCGAGUUUUUAAUGGCAGAGGAAAAAAGCUUUAAAGUUCAUAAAGCCGGCAGCCGCUGCUUGGAAAGGCCUUUGUACAAGCGCUUGAAGAAACUGCUGGGACAGCAGCCACCAGGCUCACUUAGGAAUCCACUAGAAAUGCUCACUCCCGGGGUCUCCCUGUUACAGAUACUCCUUUUUCAUUUGAUCAACCUGUGCACUUUUGAUACUUUGGUAUUAUACUUGCUUCCUUAACCCUUGCGCAGGCGGUCCCCAGUGCUGCGGUCUGUCUUGUCCUGUGUGCCGUCUUAGCUCCCGGCAUGCUGAUCUGACCUCCGCGUGUGGCGCGGGCGUGUCCUGGUGCGCAGCUCUAGACUGUUUAGACCGAGGCUUCAACCCAGCAGGGACUCCGCGAAAUGUCCACGCUGUGGUUCAGCAGCCUUUUAGAUUAAACGGCAUUGUGGUUCGUGUUUGAAAUUAACAGGUUUUAAAUGCCAUGUUCAUUAAGAAAUCCAGGGUGUUCCGAUUCUGGGGUUUUUCAUAUUGUAUUAUUAUUAUUCUUAGGAAUAGUUCAAUGUAACAAGAAGAAAACUUGACCUUUGCUCUGGUUAAACAGUUAAGGCACUUGAAAACAAAAAAGAAAUUAUUGAAUGAGUAGUAUUACCUACAAAUCCCAGAAUUUUCUGGGUGUUUGGAUGUUGUGAAGCAUGACUGAUUGACAGAAUUUUAUACAACCGCACCAGUGAAAUUCCAAAUUGGAAUUGUUUUCUUACUCUGGUUGUUGUGCCAAAUUGCGGCACACUUAGAAAAUUCCACAGCCGUCAAAUUUUAGGUGUUCUGUGGCAGCACCUUUUUGCUAGUAAUCAUUGCCAGUAGUGCCUUCAUCGCUACGGGAGGUGUCCCAGCCAGUCUGUUCUCCGAAAUGGACAGUGAAGAGCUAAUUGGGAAUGCUGAAGGCCAUGUGGACCAAUGGGUGUGAGAGGGUGCACACCUUCACACCGGAACCUGGGCAUCUUCAUUGAGGGAAAGAAGAUAGCAAUUUUGCAAAAUUCUGUUAGUCAGUGAUUCUUUACUGUGCAGAUCCUUGCAAAUUCAGGGGUUGAGAAAUGAACGUAAAUACGAACUUUGAGUGUAUUUUGGGAACCAAAUGGACUUGAUGGGACAAGCUAAGCAAGCGGUGUGAAUGACAUGCCACGUUUGUGAAGAGCCCCUGGGCGACAGGGCAGUGCUGUUGGCCUCAUGCAGUGGGGUGAGGGACUAGCCAUAGUAUUCUUCGCAAAUGUGAGAAAAAGAUGUUAUAUAUUCUCUUGCUUGGUGUAACUAAUCCCUGUUAAUUUCAGGAAACAGAACUUGCUGAAGCUCCUUAGUAAACCGGGUCUGUCCAGUUUGCUGAGCGAGGUUGUGUGAAUGGUCAUAUUGGUCCUCAAAAAGGAAGAACUUCCUCCAAAGUCAAGGGCAAAUUAUAAUAAGUAGUAAGAAUAAAGAGUUCUGUUUCCUGGAAUGAGCAUUUCUUAUUCCUAGUUGUAGGGACCCCUAUUUUUACCUUCUAUUACAGUGUUGAUUCAUAAGAAAUGUUACAUAUAUGAUAACUUCAUCUAUCUGGGGUAUUUAUUUGCAAUGAUGUCUGAGUACUGUAUUUUUUUCUAUGCAUUGCCUAGUGUCAGAGUGUUGUCUUUAUUAAGAACAUAUGCAUGUUCUCCUGCCAAGGAGCCUUUACACAGACCCACACAAACUAAUAAACUAAAGUGGCUUCAGAUUCUGAGAAAAUGAGGCAGAGAAGUAAAAGGAAUAGGAAGGGUCAGUCAGUCGUAACUUAGGACAGACAUGGCAUGAAAGUCCUCAAAGCCAGUGCACAUAGGAACAGUGGGCCUGGGUGAAGGGUCGUGUUGGCAGGACCAAUAAAUAAAGAAUAC